AUGAGUUAUCGAGUCACGCAGCGAUGCGGCUUAACAGCGCAAAGGACAUGGCUCUUUAGCCCUCAACUCCUCGCCGCGCAGUCGCGCAGUCUACACACCAGCCGAUCCGUAUGUCAAACAAGAGCUGCUGCUCCUACUACUAACAAGAGCUUUCGUCCCACUACCAAGCCGCAGAGGCCUAUAAACGCGGCUAUUAACCCUCCUGCUUCGACUCGCCCUCCGCCGCUGGAAGCCGUUGAACCGCAGUCAUCAAAGAUCAAGUAUUACUUCAAGCUGGGCAAAGCCUAUGUAAUCUUUUUCAAGGAUGGCGUGAAAGCUAUCAUGGCGAACCGCAGGUUGGUAAACGAAAAGAUCAAGGCCUUGCCAAGCGGAGAGCGGCCAUCAAUUUUCAAGCCGCACCACAUUCCCAGCACAUUCUCACGCGCAGAUUGGGUGCUGCUAUGGCGAACCAGGCAUGAUCUGAUGCGAUUGCCCCUCUUCGCCCUGUUUUUCAUCAUUGCCGAGGAUCUGACACCUCUUUUGGUUGUCUUCCUGCCAGGGAUCUUGCCGUAUACAUGCCGCUUUCCGAGACUACUAGGCAUCACGCGAGAGAAGGCUGAGCAACGGCGUAAAGCUGCCUUCAACGAAUUGGAGGGCCAACACCCUCAUGGUGCCCUGAGUCCAGGAAUUACGAAGAGUGUAGCGCACCGGCACCUCCUCAAGUCUUUAGACCUCUCAGGCAGGAUGUGGGAUCGCCUUGGAUUCACUCCCCCCGGCAUGUGGGCUAUCAAAGGCAGACUACGCAUGAUAUUCUUGGAAAUCGACGAUCAGCGGCUACUCCAAGAUGGCGGCCCAUUGGGCCUCGAAGCUGAAGAGCUUCGAAUCGCUUGUUCUGAUCGGGGUAUCAACAUUCUUGGCAAGAGUGAGACGGAGCUUAAAACGAAACUUGGCGAUUGGCUACGGUUGACGGCAGCGGAAGAUCUGGGAGAGCGGAGGCGACGCAUGGCGACGUUGCUGCUGACAAGACCUGAAAACUGGCCUCAGCAGCGCGAUUUCCCCGUUCCCGAGUGGGAGCUGUAA